GGGGACUACGCCCUCCUACUUAGUACUACGGCGUAUGCUAGUCGCCAUUCGCUUCUAGUGCUUACUCAAAAAGACACCUUGCAUUCUCAGGAAAUUUCUAUUUGAGCGAGUACUGAUUGCGAAGCAGUGUCCCCACGACCGCCGCUCAGCGGCAGGCUGAAAACUCGAGGCCGGCACUGCAUGCCACUAUGCAGGCAACUAAAUUUGCCAUGCCCCUUCCCAGGGACACAGUACUGCUGCGCUAUUAAAUAACAUGCCAUGUAAGCCGUCGACUAACAAAGCAAGGCUGGUCCCAUCCCUGUGUCCGUCUGGUACUGACUGCGGCGAAGUUGUUUCAUCGUGGCCACGUUUGGUAUUUCUGUCCUUCUUUCCUAUAUUACGUUCGAGUUCUUCGCCCUUCGAUCUCGCUGACUACGUCAGUCCCCCAUCUUAAUGGCUUCAAAGACUUUCGAGUUGGGGAGCGGAUUUCGGAAAUUUCGUCGCAUUGUUCUUGCUUUUGCCUCGAUUCUUUCCUUGAUAUGGACCAUCAUCAUUUCCGUGUACAUAGCCAAUAAUUGGUCGGGCUACAAUUCUGGCGAGCGCGGAUUUCUCUUCGGUCUCAUUGCUCUUGACUUCAUUGGUUCGAUUUUGUUGUAUCUCAUGAUUGUCGUGCAAUAUCAAUUUUGGCCGGACGCCGCGCGAACCAUGAUACUUUUGAGUCUUAACGUCGCCGGUGCUGUAGUCUUUUUGAUUCUCAGCCCAAAAUUUCCCUGCAGCGCUUUUGGCUCGACUGCAAAAUGCCAUAAUAUGACAUUGACAGUCCUUAUAGGAUCUUGGAUCAUUUCUGCACUGAUACUUCUGUAUGCGAUCUGCCUGCCUUUCGUGGCUAUUACCCCUCGUACACCCAACCCAAUUCAAGCUGACGAUUUGGAGGAUCGGGCUGAUGUUGCGGAGGCCACAGAGGUCUCGGACGAUUUGCACAGAUCUCAUGUGUCGUCCGUGCUCUUGAAAAAUCAGGAGGGGAUGUCUCCUGAGGCCUUUGGGUCGGAGCUUCCGUCUCCCCCAUAUAUCCCUGCUGCUCACGAGGUUCCUAGUAAUGCUUUGCCACAACAAGCAACGGGUGAUGAUCACAUCGAAUCGGAAACGCCAAGUGCUGCUUCAGUCUACUCUGACGCAUCUCGGUCUAGCGUUGCGGGAACCAUCCGUGCUCCAGACGAUGCCGACAGAAGCCUGAAUGUAUCUGGCUCAUCAUCCCCGCGACAAUACCCACGUUACUCGGAUUCUCUUGAGUUGUCCGCUUUGCCCAACCGCUUCGUCGGCGAGACUUUGGAUGCCAGUCGUAAUUCAGUGGCCAGCAGCGUCUAUGGAUCGACUUAUGAAUUCCCCACGGCUUCCGUACCACUUACCGAGGCAUCUCAUCGAACCCCGAGUGUGAUCACGGGAAGUUCGACCUCAAUGUAUUCCCAAAGAACUAUACCUGCUCGUGCCAAAACUGUGUCCCCCGUCAAUGCAACUACUCGGCAAACCAGUCUGCUUGCAUCACGGUCGAUGUCCUACGCCCCUCCUCACCUGUCUGUACGUUCCAUGUCAGCCAGCGUCCACGAUCAUGCGGAGCAUCAGGCUGCAGGAGGAUCAAAUGAACCCACAUUCGAACUUCACCUUUCCGAUGCCCCCAGGAGAGAUUCUGAAGACAAGUUAUCAGAUCUUCCCCGGGACGUAGUGCAAGAUCCUGUCCGACAUCCCCGAGUAGUACGACCCAGCUUGCAACAUCUUCGCGCUGAUUCUACAAGUUCUAAUAUCGAUCCGGACGUGUGGAGGAGUCUCGUGCUUAGCGCUGCUGGACGACAACAAUGAUGAUUUUGGACUUCUUUCACUUGCAAUAAUCUAUGAGAGCAUUGGCAUUUGAUGGUCUGCCUAUAUGACCUGGACAUCGUGUUUAAAAGCGCUGUCUGGACUUGAGUUCAAGGUCCACAUACUUACCUGUAAUAAUAGCUUGCCUUAUGAAGAUGACAUCAGCUUACUUACUCAUUGAUGGUUUACUAUGUACUUAUGGAUUCUCUUUGAGCUUCGUACAUAAC